GGAGCAAGACGAGCCAACAGAGCCGAGAGCGCUGAGAGGGGCGAGCGGAGCUGUAAGGGAAUGAGACACGCUGAGGGGGAAACAGGGGAAAUUGUGGGUGAGGCAGAAGACGGCGUCGCGUUUCUGCCUCGGGUGGUGUUAAAGAUUGUGUUCUAAGGAGAAAACGCGGGGAAGCAAUGUCUCAGCAGCAGCGGGUGGUGCAGCUGUCAGCGGCGUCGCUGGCUGUGGUGUUGUGGAGGGAGGAGGACAGCUCGGCAGCCGCCGGCGGAGGAGCCAGUGCGACCUGUACGAACGGACAAGAGGUUUUCAUGGAUUUUAAGUCCCAAAAUCUGCGCAGCUUCUGGAAUAAAAGACUCGUAAAGGCAGUGGCUGAAGUUUACUUCCAGGGAUGGAUGGAGAAUUCCGUGCUGCUCGUUCAAGGGAACGGCAGUAAUUUGGAGGUGUUGAGGGAGGCGUGGAUGCGUAGGGCGCUGAGGUCUCCGAGGGGAUUCACCAUCAAGGCAGUGGGUGACUUGUCCCCGGUGCAGAUGUCCCCUAUUUCCCAGUCACAGUUUAUCCCUCUGUCUGAGGUGCUAUGCUCAGUCAUAUCUGACAUGAAUGCAGCUCAUAUUAUGGUCAACCAGGAAGCUCUGAUUAAACACAUGAUGAAGGCCCAUCCAGGAAUGACCAUUCCCACUCAAGACAUCCUUUACAAUGCUCUGGGCACACUCAUUAAAGAGAGAAAAAUCUACCACACUGGAGAGGGCUACUUCAUUGUUACUCCUCAGACAUACUUCAUCACCAACAGCAUGGCUAAGGAGAAGAACUGGUGGACAAGUGAUAGUGAUCAUCCCUCUCCUCCUCCUGUUACCUACCUGGUAAACAAUGAAAGCUGCAUGGAUGCCUCCACUGAAGCACCCAUCAUGGCCCACUGUAAGUCCUGUAGUUGCUUCACACCUCAGCCAACAGCUCCUCCAUCUGUCCAGGACCAGUCUAUCAGUAUAAGUGAAUGUACUGGGAAAAGCCUCAAGUGGCCCCGAGAACAUAAGCCCACUGUCCAGCAUCAGUCCACGUCUACUGCAGCAGACUACCAGGCUAGUGAGAUCAGCAAGUCCACAGCGACUAGCCGCAAGGACAAGGAAAAGCCGGGACGCAAGUUCGGCCUCAACUUGUUUCGUCGUAACACAGGAAAGAAAGAGAGCAAGCUGAAGAAAGAAUAUGCCACGUUUUCUGGGCAGUUCCCACCUGAGGAAUGGCCAGUCAGAGAUGAGGAUGAUCUUAACAACCUUCCCAGAGAUCUGGAACAUGCCAUCAUUAAACGGAUCAAUCCUGAACUUACCGUGGACAACCUGGUCCGCCAUACAGUCCUGAUGAAGAAGCUGGAAGAGAAAGCAGAGAGAAUGACAAAGGCCUUGACAAGUGACAAAGGCAUGUCCACAGAGAUCCUGCUCCCUAAGCAGAGACACCAUUCAUCCAAGGCCGCUGGAAAGAGGCCUGUCUCUAAAGCCACUAGGAGCAAGAGAAGAGGCCCUUCUGCCAAAGAGAAACAGAGGACAAAGAGCAAAGAUGUUCCAUGUGACAACGACUUAGAGGGAGAUGAUCUCAUUCCAUCUCGCCUCAGGCCUGAAUUAGUCAAAGAUGAAACUGACAAUCAUGAGGAUUGUACUGCUUUGGAUACAAAAUGCGUCUACAAGAAACGCAUAGAGAAUCCGUUUCAGUCACUGCCAGGACGGGAUGUAGUACCAACCACCAAUCACAAAGAACAAAGGAGGAGAGAGGCCAAGAUCUCCAGUCGGCGAGAGCGAGCAGGUCAUAGGUCCAAAUCCUGGGACCCUCAUCGGGCGAAAGCGGUCACUGAAGAGACGGAGAAAUCCCAGAUACCGAUGGACCGAUCCUGUGAACGGCUCCAUGAAAGAGGCCUGAAUUUAGAAUCCAUCAUAGAUUCUAAAGCCAUUAAAGAGCUUCCUGGAGAUUACAGUUCUGUUUACCCCGAAAGCAGCACACUGAGGAUAGAGGACAAAGUCAAGCUGAAGGACAGCAAAAUCAGAGGCAGAGAGUUCAGAGAUGGGAGAGGAAAAGAGAUUAAACAGAAGGCUUUUCAAGAGGGAGACUUGACAAGUGUUUCUAAUCAGAAGCACAUAACAGACCUCACUUCACAUCCAUAUGACACAACAGAAUUACCCAUGUCUUGGCCUAAACCUACAGUUAAGCGUAGACUGUCCCUCCAUCUAGUCAACAGUAAGGAAGAAUCUGAACACUGUCCUGACCUCUUGUCCUCACAUCAGCAGAUUAGCAGCCAACAGGUGGUGGACACUGUGGGCACUCUCCGAGACACCAGCCAUGCAGACAGAGAAGUGUACACUGAUGACGAGCACCGCAUUUACCAGAAAGUAGAAAAGGACGAUGAUGACGGAUGUAGCUCGCUCUGCUUGAAUGAGGAGUGCAUCAGUGAGGUAGUUCACCCUGGCACAGCUCGCUGCCGUGAGCCAGUCUGUCUGGUUGGGGACUGGGACAGCACUUUCAUUGACAGGGUUCCACUUCUUCAUCAAGACCCCAUACGAGCCACACAAAGACAGCAUGAAUACAGGUGGCAGGCAACUGAGUGCCAGCCUGCUCUGUCCCACCUGCCAACAGAUAUCAUCCCCAACCUAAAGGCUCAGUGUCUGGAAGAGAGGCUUCAUGAGCCCAGCCCUGGACACUCUGAACCCAUUGAGGCCCUGGACAGCAGCAUCUUUGAUUACUGUCAGACAAGUGAAAGAGACUCAGACACUGAAACAGUUCUUAAGUCUGCAGAUGAAGUAGAUGGCCAGUCCAGCCAUUGGACCCGUCACCCACAAGUAAAAGACUACAAUAAGAGUCAAUUUGAGGCACCAGAGGUUGCUGAUGACCUUCAGUGUGCAAGCAUCAGUCAUGGUGACCCCACUGGGGCCUGUAUCGUGGAAACAGCAGAACAUCAAAGCAACACAGCAGACAGUGGGAUUGACUCACCAAGAACACGCAUGAGUCUAACCUCGAGUAACUCGUUGAUACUGAAAGGGCUAAAGCAACGUGGUUUCCUACAGAACCUUGAAAAGCUCCACUCCAAAAGCAACGGCAUUCAUCCUCAGAGUUCACUGCUUCAGCUCACACCUGUCAUGAAUGUGUGAAUCGAGUCAAAACACUGUGCUUUCAGCUCAUUCAGAUGCCUCUGUAUAAAUGUGUAUAUUUAUCACUAUUACAUGUAAAUAUCUUUUUUUUCACGCAAUUCUGAGCAGUACAUUCAGGUGGCAUUUUUGGGUACUUGGAGUAUUGAUUUAGGGUUUUAUAGUUUUUCUUAAGUGCUAUUUUUAGUACCAAGAUCCUCUGUUUAUAAAGAGGGAUGCAUUAGUUAAAUUAACCUUUUAUCCUUCAAAUUUAAAAUAUGAAGAUCCAUGUAUACAGUGAAAAAAAUAAACCAUGUACUUAAAAGUUU